AGACCCAGUAAUAAAAAAGUUUAUGAAGAUAAUAUUAAGUUUAAGGAACGACAAUCUAAUAAUAAAGAAGUUUAUGAAGAGAAUGUCAAGUUAAAAGAAGAGAUUUAUUUUCUUAAAGAAACAAUUUCUGGAAUAGAAGAGAGGAACAAGAGAAAAAGAGAAACAGAUUCCUGGGUUUCAGAUUACGACCAUGAUUACGAGAUAAAUAAUCGUAUGAAAAUUAAAGA